AGUUAUAUACUGUGCAAAAAGUGCCGCGUAAACAAGCGAUAUCCUGUUUAGUGUUGGUGUUUAAAAUGUCUGCCAUUCUAAAACUUGGACGUGCCAGGUCAGCCUGGGGACUUCUUAGGACGCAGAAAGCAUGUAUGUCAGUGGCGCUCCCGCAACCGAACCCGCAACCAAACAUUCAAUAUAAUAAGGUCUUCAUUAACAAUGAGUGGCGUGAUGCUGUAAGCGGCAAAACUUUUCCGACUAUCAACCCGAGUACCGGGGAGGUAAUCUGUCAUGUCGCCGAAGGGGACAAGGCUGAUGUGGACAUUGCUGUUAAAGCUGCUACUGAUGCUUUCAAACUUGGAUCACCAUGGAGACGUAUGGACGCUGGAGAAAGAGGAUACAUGAUGAAUAAAGUUGCAGACUUGAUUGAAAGGGACAGAAAAUACUUGGCAGAAUUGGAGACCUUGGACAAUGGUAAACCAUACAAUGUAGCGUUUAGCACUGACCUUGAGUUGACAUUACGAUGCUAUAGAUACUAUGCAGGCUGGGCAGACAAAAACCAAGGGAAAACCAUACCGAUUUGGGGAGACUUUUUCAGCUACACAAGACAUGAGCCUGUCGGAGUAUGUGGACAAAUUAUCCCCUGGAACUUCCCACUGUUGAUGCAAGCAUGGAAACUUGCGCCAGCACUUGCCACAGGAAAUGUUGUGGUAAUGAAACUAGCUGAGCAGACACCACUUACUGGACUGUACAUCGCUUCUUUGUUUAAGGAGGCUGGAUAUCCAGAGGGUGUACUCAAUGUUAUUCCGGGGUACGGACCUACAGCCGGGGCAGCUAUCUCAAAGCACAUGGACGUACACAAAGUGGCAUUCACAGGAUCUACUGAAGUUGGUCAGAUAGUUGCUGCUGAUGCUGCUACGUCCAAUUUGAAGAGAGUCACCCUCGAACUGGGAGGCAAAAGUCCAAAUAUCAUCUGUGCUGAUGCUGAUGUUGACAUGGCUGUAGAGCAGGCCCAUUUCGGACUGUUUUUCAACAUGGGACAGUGCUGCACUGCAGGGUCAAGGACAUACAUCCAUGAGAGCAUCUACGAUAAGUUUGUUGAGAAGAGCAUGGAAAGAGCAUUGAAAAGAUCAGUUGGGAACCCCUUCGAUUCCAAGAAUGAGCAAGGACCACAGAUUGAUGAGGAACAGAUGAACAAGAUAUUGGCACUGAUUAAUAGUGGUAAGCAAGAGGGUGCCACCUUGAUGGCUGGGGGUAAACGUGCUGGGGACAAGGGAUAUUUUAUUGAGCCAACUGUAUUUAAAGAUGUCAGUGACAACAUGACCAUUGCCAGAGAAGAGAUUUUCGGACCUGUCCAACAGUUAAUGAAAUUCAAGACAAUUGAUGAGGUCAUUGAGCGCAGUAAUAUUAACAAGUACGGACUUGCUGCUGCAGUCGUAACAAAUGAUCUCAACACAGCUCUACAAGUUGCAAACAGUGUUAGAGCAGGAACUGUCUGGGUGAAUUGUUACGAUGUGUUUGAUAGUUGUGCUCCAUUUGGUGGUUACAACAUGUCCGGUAAUGGAAGAGAACUGGGAGAAUACGGACUUGAGGCCUACACAGAAGUUAAACAUGUGGUUAUCAAGGUCCCUCCAAAGAAUUCAUAAAAGGGAAUACCAGAAUCAGUCCCUUAAAGUGAAAAAAACAAAACAUUUAAACUGAAAGUGCACAAAUAUACAAAAAAAAUCAACAACAAGAAAAACAUGAAAUUUCUGCAACAGUCCGCACUGAAAUGUGAUACAGGUGUGAGAAAUCUGUAUCCAUAGAAAUGCUUUCAGUAUAAAGAUUAACAAUUGUAAAGACGAAUGUAAUAUAUGUUACAUGUAACCUGUAUACUGAUAUUCUGUAUCCUAUCCCCAGGAGCUGUAAGCUUCAUUCUAUACAAUCCUAACUUCAACUAUUAAAAUGUUAGAUAUUCAUUAUUAAGGUAGUUGUGCACAUUUGUUACACCAGACGUUUUGUCUUGGUGUUAAUUCAUUUGGAUAACCUAGAAUUAAACAUUUGGUACGAUAUACAGAAACAUAAAAUAUGCAUCAGAUAAGUAAAAGUGUUAAUGAGUAAAUAAAUAUAAUAACUAUAAUAAUAAUAUACAUUGUAGAAUUCCUUCUGCAAAUUUCAACAAAAACUGGUUUUUUCCAAAGACUGCCAUCACAAAAGUAUGUUUGAGUUUUGUUUUGUUUUCAAACCAGUCUGGUAAAAUAUCAAUUGGGAUGUUCAAAAAAUUUGGAUUAAAUAAAAUUUUGUAUUGCAGAAAAAAAGUUUAAUCUGAAUGUGCAGAACCACCUUAAGGUGUCAGUCUUGUAAUGUGCAUGUGUUUUUUUUUUUUUUAAAUGUCUCAUACAUUAUAGACCGGUCACGUUAGUAGACUCUGUUAUCUUAAUGAUUUGCAAGAAUUAAAAAUCAUUCUGGAAAAAUAGCUCCAGAAAUUGUCAUGAAAUACACUCGUUACAGUAUAUGUAGUUAUAAAAUGCAAUUUAAGUUGUGUAUUGCAACACUAAAUUAGAUGAAGUUUAUUAUUUGAUGCAGGCACAGGUGUCUGUUUUCAGGAAGUUCAAAGCUAAAAAAAGACAUGUAUGAUCAACAUUAAUGCUGACCUUAAACUUACCUAUGUUUUAUUUGAUAUCAUUGAUUUAUUAUUUAAAAAAAGGGAACAAGUUUUUGAUAAUUAUUUAUUACUGUUGUUUUUUUUUUCAUACAUAUAUAUUGAUCAGCUUUCUGUUACGUUUCGAAUAUUUUGUCUUUUUUAUCGUUAAAUUUUCAAAAAUUUUAAUUGUAAAAAAGGAUGAGACAAAACUGCACUGACAUUUUUCAGUCGAAGCCUUAUUAAAAAGUCUUUUUGUGUGCAACUUGUUUACCUUAAUUGUGCAGUUGCUUUUUUUUAUUUUGGCAUGUUCGAAAUUUUGAAUUUCAUAUUAAGCUUAUAAUUAAAAAGUAAUAAAACACAGAAAAUGCAUGUUUUAAUUGAUUUGAAAUGGAUGCAGAGGUUUAUGGUAAAACUCAGGACUGUCUCAAUAAUUUUGAAUACACCAGCAUUAUUUCGAUUCAAGUAUAUUUUACAUGUUAAAUAAUAGAUCAAAAUAUACAGUUAAGAUAUUGCUAGGUCCCUGUGAGUAGGUCAAUGUGAAACGGACUUCAGCUCUGCUUGUUUAAUAAACAUGAUUCAUCAUUAGAGUUAGUCAUUAGUGUACGAUAUAAAUAUAUUUGAGCCGUGCCAUGAGAAAACCAACAUAGUGGCUUUGCGACCAGCAUGGAUCCAGACCAGCCUGCGCAUCCGCGCAUUCUGGUCAGGAUCCAUGCUGUUCGCUAACAGUUUCUCCAAUUCCAAUAGGCUUUAAAAGCGAACAGCAUGGAGCCUGACCAGACUGCGCGGACGCGCAGGCUGGUCUGGAUCCAUGCUGGUCGCAAACCCGCUAUGUUGGUUUUGUCAUGGCACGGCUCAUUUUAUAUUCCCAUUCUUUUACAAGGGUAAACAAAACCAUACUUGGGUACAUCUUUUCCAGGUUUAAACAUUACAUUUUGUAAAAUUUUGUUUGCUUAUUUGCUAUCACACACUUAUCUAGGUCUUUCUAGAUUUUGUUAUCUACGUAGUAUGUUAACUUAGUGCUUUUGCAUCAUGUUGUCUACCUAAAUAUAAACAUUUUAGUAAUCAGGGUGUCUAACUGUAAUGUCUCAUGUAAUAAAUAUGUAUACAUCAAG